AUGGCCUGCUGCGCUACCAGCUUCUGUGGGUUCCCCAGCUGCUCCACCGGCGGGAGUUUUGGCUCCAGCUGCUGCCAGCCCAGCUGUUGUGAGACCAGCUGCUUCCAGCCACGCUGCUGCCAGCCUGGCUGGGGCAUUGGGGGUGGCUUCGGCUGUGGCCAGGAGUGUGGCAGUGGAGCCGUGAGCUGCCGCGUCAGAUGGUGCCGCCCAGACUGCCGCGUCGAGGGCACCUGCCUGCCCCCCUGCUGCGUGGCGAGCAGCACACCCCCAACCUGCUGCCAGCUGCACCAUGCCCAGGCCUCCUGCUGCCGCCCGUCCUACUGUGGGCAGUCCUGCUGCCGCCCAGCCUGCUGCUGCUACUGCUGUGAGCCUCGCUGCUGA